UCAAUAAAAAUAUUUAUAAAGAAAACACAAUAUGUUCAUAUCUUAUUAUUUAAAAGUUGAUCAACCUUUUACAUUUUCUCAAACAAAAGCAACUUGACAACCGACAGCGACCAAGAUCAAAAAACUUCUUCUUCCUCAUCACCCAAUAUAUACGAAUCCAUUAUUUCUCAUUCACAUAACAAGAGCUAUAUCAUAUAGAGAAGGAAACAAAAAUAACCGAGAAAAUAAGAUAUCAGAGAUGAGAUCAGCGGUGCAGAUCCAUCACGGCUCCGACACCUCCAACGGCUUCCACACCGAUGGUUUGAUCAGACGUGUGUGUCUCACGCGCGGCAUGCAUGUGCCAGAGCACGUGGCGAUGCACCACACAUACGAAGUUGGUCCGAAUCAGUGCUGUUCCUCGGUGGUGAAGAUGAUCCACGCGCCUCCCGAGUCAGUAUGGGCCCUCCUGCGUCGUUUCGACAACCCUAGAGCUUACAAGAACUUCAUCAGGCAGUGCCGUAUCAUGCAAGGCGACGGGCUACACGCAGGAGAUCUCAGGGAGGUCAUGGUUGUUUCGGGACUCCCUGCGGUCUCGAGCACCGAGAGGCUUGAGAUCUUGGACGAGGAGCGUCACGUGAUAAGUUUUAGCGUCGUGGGUGGGGACCACCGGCUAGAGAAUUACCGAUCGGUGACGACACUGCAUGCGUCAGACGAGGGAGGAACCGUCGUGGUGGAGUCUUAUAUUGUUGAUGUGCCGCCGGGAAACACUGAGGAGGAGACUGUUAGCUUUGUUGAUACUAUUGUCCGGUGCAAUCUUCAGUCUCUGGCUAGAAGUACCAACCGGCAAUAAUCUCAGCUUUUUUUAAUUAUUGCAAUUAUGUAUCUAUUUCUCUUUUUUAUUUUUAUUUUGUUUGGAUGUUUUCAUCGAUCAUCACAAGGGUGGAAAUUUCGAGUGACUAUUUUUUAAUAGUAAUUAUGGUUUAGAA